CGCGGCGGAAGUUGCUCUGUUCCUUUACAGUCCCUCAGCCUGGCGGAAAUUAAAGAGCUGUAAGAGAGGUUCCGGAGCUGGCCGGGCGUGUAGGUGGCCAGAUGGAGAGCGAGACCGUACACCCGCCACUGACCCGCCGCCCGACGUUGGCCUGUUCCUGGGAUGCCGCGUGCGGAGCCCUGGCCCAGAGUCUCCAUCUCACCCGGUCUGGUCUCGGCGCCCGGGACGCCGACUGGGAGGAGCUGCUGGCGCCGCCUGCCACCGGCCAGGAUCUGGUGAUUUUGAGAAGGAACGCGAACAGCCAAGAUGAAAACCCCUGCUUCCUUUACCUGAGAUGUGACCCUCCUGGAGGUGAAGAAAUCGUUUCUAUUGGCAUUUUAAGUUCAGCAAGAAAUAUGGAAGUAUACUCAGGAGACGAGUACUGUGGAACCAGUAGGGGCAAGAAUGUUUGUAAUGUUCUGGAUAACAGUGAACAUGAAAAGAUUAUUUUGUACAAAAAAUAUCUAAAAUUGGAGUCUUCCACACAUGCUUGUAAAAUAAAGUUGCUCUCCUUUGGUGAAAAGCAGUGUGUGUUCAUCAGUAAAGUUGUGGUACACAUGAGGCCAGUUUUGGCAAAUUCUUCAGCAGGCUGUCCUGCUCUAGGAUCAAGGAUAGACCUGGAGAGGGUCCAAACCAUCAUGGAGUCCUUGGGGUCAAAGUUAUCACCUGGAGCUCAGCAACUGAUGAAUAUGGUUAGAUUCCAGCAGCAGAAUUGUAUUCCCAUUGGAGAGCAGCUUCAGUCAGUUUGGGGAAGCACUGGAUACAAGCACACGGUCGGACUGCAGUCAUCUUCUACUUCAGGAGCCUUCAGCAAGUCAUCCUCCACGCCUUUCCCUUCCAGAACUGGAUUGACAUCUGGAAACAUGACUGAAGACUUAACAGCUUACAUUGAUAAAAGUACACAGCCAGCUGGUGGAGGAAAUAUGACAGGCCUCCAAGAGUGUAAAAUUGUGCCACAAAACCAUUCUCUUCCUGAGAAUGAUCUUCAGAAUGCAGUAUCUUCUUUCUUACCAAAGAAAGCAAGUGACAACUCACAUACACCUCACUCUGAGCUGCUGCCUUUUCUGCAGAAUCUGUGUAGUCACGUGAACCACCUCCGUGUGGGACCCAACACCAAGUGGCAGGAAAGCAUCACCAAGCCCGGCGAAGGCACUGUUGGUGUUACAAUGGAAGAGCAAUCCAUUUGUUCCUACUUGGAAAAGAUUCUUUCUAAAAAUAUGGAACUGAUGGAAAAGAAACUUAUGGACUACAUUGAUCAGCGAAUAUAUAAACUCCAGGAGCACAUAGAUAAUAAGAUUGCUUUGUUAGUGGACUUGCUGCAAAGUCCCAACUCCCCACCCUCUGGCAUGCCUCUAAGACAUUAUGACUCUGGAGAAAGACUUUCAAAUGGAGAAAGAUAGCACUGAACAUGUUCAAAGUACUGCAGAUACUUAUUUCAUAUUUAUUACAAAGCCGAACCCCCCCAAAAAGUUUAUGAAAAGCAGGUAUUUAAUGUCCUUUGAAAUAUUACCACUUAGUUAAAGUGACCUCAGUGUUCAUUUUUACUUCACGCAUGAAUCCAGUACUGUACACUGAGUUAACAUGAUAGGAUCAUAAGUUAUUUUUGUUUGCAAUAUUUUUCACUUUCAGUGAAAUUUAUGUAUACUUCUGGAUUAACUGUUUAAGAUUUUAAGGAUUUCUAAAGCAGUUCAUUAGUUCGUAUUGUAUAUGUGUUUCAUAGAAGUACAUUUUUUAUUUAUACAUAGACUUUAUAGUUAGGCACCUGAAAAAUAAUGCUUAGGAUAUUUGAUAAUUUUUCUUUUUCUAAUCAAUUGUUUUUGGAAAAUUGGAUACUUAAUACCUUUAAUUCAAAUCACUAGUUUACAUUUUGUAUUGUUUAUCUCAGAUAAUGAACAAGGUGCAGUGUUCAGCAUGUGUAAAAUGAGUUUACAAUGAGGUUAAUAUUAUUUGUUUCAGUACAGUGUAGCAGUAGAUAGGGAAAUAAAAAUCACAACUAGCCUAUUCCUUGUUAGGAAUAUUAUUUUAGAUUUAAUGUUUGAUGUAAAAUGAGAGAAGUCAUCUUGUUUUAUCUCAGUCAACCCAGAAAAUAUAAGGAACUAUUUCCCUUUAUGAGCUGAUACACGUUCCUCUUUCCAGAACCUUCUUCUAUAUGUUUAAAGUGUGAAAUUCUGAGGUUCUGCUUUGAAGGGUUAGGCAUGUGAAUCAAGGAGAUUGCAAUUCUCUCAGGUAGACUUAAUUUUUGGAAAUUAUAACUAUUGUAUAUCUGUUGA